AUUUAUCGAAGCAGUGGGACAUACUGUACAAGUGUAUUUUUACUCCAGAAUAACUUUAUAAUCGAAAAAAAUAUUCCAAGUUAACUAACCUACACUAGAUGGUAGCUAUUCUUAGAAUUAAUCUGUGAAAAUUGUCCUCAUCUUGUCAUCUCGAUGAAAUCGGGAACAUAAGUAUUUCCUUUAUUCCUCAAGUUAUUUUGAAUGAAUAUGACAGCUAUUGAAUCAUGAAACAUGAAUUAAAUGGAUAUAAUACGCUCCUAGCUCCUAUUAUCGAUAAUUUAUCCAUUAUAUCAUUCAUACGUCGGUAUCCUGAAGGUCAGAUAUGAAAUAACGAAACCGUGAAUAUUAAUACGUGAUCAGUAGAAAACGUGUAGUAUCAGUACACUACAAAAACAUUUUAUCAGUUAUUCAGUUGUUUGUGUAGAGUGUAGAGAGUGAAAAUAGUGUCCACCACCAGUCGUCAUGACGUUGAAAACAGCUAGAUUUUUCUUACGAACACUCCAAACUAGGAAUGCGAGUAACGUAUCAUUCAUUGGCCUGGGCCAAAUGGGCACCAGGAUGGCCAACAAUCUGGUCAAGAAGGGCCAGCAGAUCAAGGUGUUUGACAUCGUGCCAGAAGCGCUCUCCAGCGUCUCAGGGGCUCAGCAAUGCAGCUCAGCAGAGGAGGCGGCGAGAGAUGCUGACAUCGUUGUCACGAUGUUGCCUACCGGAGAUAUCGUCAAAGAGACUCUGUUGGCAGAGAAGGGAAUUUUGAAAGGUAUGCCCAAAAAAGCUCUUUUGAUCGACUGUUCGACCAUCGAGCCGAAAAUGGCGCAAGAGCUGUCGCGCCUCUCCACCGAUAGCGGCGUCCGGUUUAUCGACGCCCCCGUCUCGGGCGGGGUGACGGGCGCCGAGGCGGCCACCCUCACCUUCAUGGUGGGGGGCGCCGACGCCGACCUGGCGGAGGCGAGGCCGGUCCUGGAGAAGAUGGGCGCGCGGAUCUUCAAGUGCGGGGACAUCGGGGCAGGCCAGAUCGCCAAACUUUGCAAUAAUCUUAUUUUAGGUAUAACAAUGAUUGGUACUUGUGAAGCCAUGAACUUAGGAGUCAAACUAGGCUUAGAUCCAAAACUGCUCACCGAUAUUGUAAAUGUUUCAACCGGCAGGUCUUGGUCUUCAGACACCUACAACCCCGUACCCGGUAUCUUGCCAAAUGUUCCAUCAUCGAAUGGAUAUGCUGGUGGAUUUAGUGUGCCUUUGAUAGCCAAAGACUUGGGACUUGCGGAAGCAGCUGCCCUUAGUUGCGGGACUCCACUCAUGCUAGGGGCUAUGGCCCAUCAACUAUACAGGGCCCUCAUCCUAAAUGGUUAUGGAGACAAAGACUUUUCUGUUGUUUAUGAAUUUUUGAAAGGAAAGAAAUAAUACACUUUUAUAAUUUCGCAA